CCCCUAAACCCUGGAAAAACAAAGACAAAAAAAUGGAGGGUGAUCACCAUCACAGUGCAGUCCUACUGGACCAGCGGCAUGUGCAGGCGGGUUCUGGGCGUGCCGGGGACAGCGGGAGUACAUCCCGAUGGAACCCAACAAAGGAGCAGAUUGAUAUGCUUGAGAAUUUUUACAAGCAAGGAGUGAGGACGCCAAGUGCUGAGCAAAUACAGCAGAUAACGAGUAGCCUGAAGGCUUUUGGUCACAUCGAGGGGAAGAAUGUUUUUUACUGGUUUCAGAAUCACAAGGCAAGGCAGAGGCAGAAGCAGAAGCAAGAGAGCAUAGCUUAUAAUCGCUUGUUACAUAGAAGGACAACUCAGCCAAUUUUUCUUCCUCCUUAUGAUUUGAAUCUUCCUUGCCCAAAUGUAAUGUGCAGCCCAUACUACGUACCAGUUCAUAGUGAGCUAGGGUUCUAUCCGCAGUCUCCAUAUCCCAAUAAGGUGCCUCUCCCUGGUGUUCCUAGUGUAGUCAAGAGGAGACCAAGGGCCGAGAAAUUGGAAAAGCGAAGAACCACCUGCACUACUGGUGGCGCUGGUUAUGAACCCAUGAAUCCACACAAUGGAUAUAAUACUAGUGGAGGCAGCGAUAUGAUCAACGAUGCCACGAGCAAACUUAUCAGCAAAUGUGACCAACAAACACUGCCGCUUUUUCCUUUGCAACCCACUGGCAUUUUGCAGCAAGGAAGAGAAGAUCAAAACUACCCUUCUACUGUUAACGAUGCUGACUGUUCCUCUGCUGCUCUAAUUGGCUCUAUUGCUGAACAGAUUGUUGGUGACCGGCAGCCUUUCUAUGAUUUUUUCUCUGCAUAG